AUGGCAAUAAUAACCACCACCACAACAACAACAACAUAUGUAUCAACAACCGAUGGAAUUUCUUCAACAAAAGAAGAUAUGGCAAUAACAACCACAACGAUAAUGCAAACGAUACAUGAAUCAACAACAGAUAAAACUUUGACAAUAAAUGAAGAUAUUACAACAACAAUGGCUAUAUCAGUAGCGACAGCUGGAGAUACAUCGACAGAAAAUGAACCAAUAUCAAUAAUUAAUACACAACCAAUACAUUUAUCAUUAAAUGGAAAAAGUACAUUUUCUACAUCUCAUAAUGGAUAA